GCCGCCGUUUCCCACCCAUCCCCUCCCGUCCUCCCUUCCCGUUUCACCCCGCCCCCUCCUCCUCCCCAAGCCUGACAGCCCGCGAGCUGCCAAGCAGGGCGCAGCCAUGGGAAGAGGAGGCGGUCUAGGGAGCGGCGGCGGCGGCAGCGGCGGCUGCUGGAGCGGCGGCGGCGGCGGCGGCGGCUGCUGCUGAGCCGAAGCGGCGGCGGGGACCCCGGGCUGGGGCCACGCAGGCCGGAGGCCCCCGCGCCCUCGGCCCCAGCGCGGAAGCGAACCCGCGCCCUCUAUCCGGAGGCGAGGCUCGGAGACACGGCUGGCACCAGAACUCUGGGAAGCCUUGUGACAGGACCUAGCCUGUGCAAUCUCACAUGUGAUUUGCCAUUCUUCCUGGAAGGUCCACUCUGUGGCUUUUCUCUGGAAUCUAUGAAGAAAAUGUUCCUCAGCCUAGCCUAGAAACAGGUCCUACAGGUAUGGAUCUCUGGCAGCUGCUGUUGACCUUGGCAGUGGCAGGAUCAAGCAGUGCUUUUUCUGGGAGUGAAGCCACACCAGCUAUCCUUGGCAGAGCAUCCCAGAGUCUCCAAAGAGUUAAUCCAGGCCUAGGGACAAAUUCUUCUGGGAAGCCUAAGUUCACCAAGUGCCGUUCACCUGAACUAGAGACUUUUUCGUGCCACUGGACAGAUGGGGUUCGUCGUGGCUUCAAGAGCCCAGGAUCCACACAGCUGUUCUAUAUUAGAAGGAACACUCAAGAGUGGACUCAAGAAUGGAAAGAAUGCCCCGAUUAUGUCUCUGCUGGAGAAAACAGCUGUUACUUUAAUUCAUCUUAUACCUCCAUUUGGAUACCCUACUGUAUCAAGCUAACCAGCAAUGGUGGUACAGUGGAUCAAAAGUGUUUCUCUGUUGAGGAAAUAGUGCAACCAGAUCCACCCAUUGGCCUCAACUGGACUCUACUGAACAUCAGUUUAACGGGGAUUCAUGCAGAUAUCCAGGUGAGGUGGGAACCACCGCCCAAUGCAGACGUUCGGAAGGGAUGGAUAGUCCUGGAGUAUGAACUGCAAUACAAAGAAGUAAAUGAGUCCCAGUGGAAAACGAUGGACCCUGUAUUGUCAACAUCAGUUCCAGUUUAUUCACUGAGACUAGAUAAAGAAUAUGAAGUGCGUGUGAGAUCCAGACAACGAAACUCUGAAAAAUAUGGCGAGUUCAGUGAGGUGCUCUAUGUAACACUUCCUCAAAUGAGCCCAUUUGCAUGUGAAGAAGAUUUCCAGUUUCCAUGGUUCAUAAUUACUAUCUUUGGAAUAUUUGGGCUAACGAUGAUACUAUUUUUAUUCAUAUUUUCUAAACAGCAAAGGAUUAAGAUGCUGAUUCUUCCCCCAGUUCCAGUUCCAAAGAUUAAAGGAAUUGAUCCAGAUCUCCUCAAGGAAGGAAAAUUAGAAGAGGUGAACACAAUCUUAGCCAUUCAUGACAACUAUAAACCUGAAUUCUACAACGAUGACUCUUGGGUUGAAUUUAUUGAGCUGGAUAUUGAUGACCCCGAUGAAAAGACUGAAGGCUCCGACACAGACAGACUUCUAAGCAAUGACCAUGAGAAAUCACUUAACAUCCUUGGAGCAAAGGAUGAUGACUCUGGACGUACCAGCUGUUAUGAACCUGACAUUUUGGAGACUGAUUUCAAUGCCAGUGACAUGUGUGAUGGUACCUCAGAGGUUGCUCAGCCACAGAGGUUAAAAGGGGAAGUAGAUCUCUUGUGCCUUGACCAGAAGAAUCAAAAUAACUCACCUUCUACUGAUGCUACCCCUACCACUCAGCAGCCCAGUGUUAUCCUAGCAAAGGAAAACAAACCAAGACCGCUUCUUAUUAGUGGAACUGAGUCAACUCAUCAAGCUGCCCAUACUCAGCUGAGCAAUCCGAGUUCACUGGCAAACAUCGACUUUUAUGCCCAGGUAAGCGACAUUACUCCAGCAGGGAGUGUGGUCCUUUCCCCAGGCCAAAAGAAUAAGGCAGGGAUAUCCCCGUGUGACAUGCAUCCAGAAGCGGUCUCACUCUGCCAAGCAAACUUCAUCAUGGACAACGCCUACUUCUGCGAGGCAGACGCCAAAAAGUGCAUCGCUGUGGCCCCUCACGUCGAGGCUGAAUCACGUGUGGAGCCAAGCUUUAACCAGGAAGACAUUUACAUCACCACAGAAAGCCUUACCACUACCGCUGGCCAGUCUGGGACAGCAGAACGGGCUCCGGGUUCUGAGAUGCCUGUCCCAGACUAUACCUCCAUUCACAUAGUACAGUCUCCGCAGGGCCUCGUGCUCAAUGCCACAGCCUUGCCCUUGCCUGACAAAGAGUUUCUCUCAUCGUGUGGCUACGUGAGCACAGACCAACUGAACAAAAUCAUGCCGUAGCCUUUCUUCGAUUUCCCACAAGCUACAUAUUGAAUGGUGAGGAGCUGGCUAGGGCAUGAGUGCUUACACCAAAACAAUGUUUAAACCUUUGGGGGGGAUGGGGGGAGCGGAUUCUAAAUGCCUUUUUCCUGAAGUGUUGAAAGAUAAUAUUAAAAAAGAAACAAGAACGCCUGAUCAGAUAGAUAUUCCUAUUGUGAACUGUAAAUAUUUUAAAGAAUCGUCUCAAAGACUGUUUAGUGGCAGUGAUUGUCUUGUUAAUGUGGGUGUUAAUUUUGUGAUACUAAGCAUUGAAUGGCUGUCUCUAAUGUAUAGUAAAUCAAGCUUUUUGAAAAAGCAAAAAAUCAGGUGGCUUUUGCAGUUCAGGAAAAUCGAAUGCAAAUCAGAGCACAGGCCAAUGUUUUUUAGAUAAUCCGGAACUAAAAUUAUAGGUAAGAAGGCAAGAAAUAGUUUGGAUAUGUAAAACAUUUAUUUUGACAUAAAAUUUAUAAAGGUAUUUUUAAGAAUUUACACUACAAGCAUGGCUAUUUUAUAUUACACUACACGCUGUGAACCGUAGUUCAUGCAGACCCAUCUGGAGAAUGUAGCAACCGCACUCUAAAGCCGGUUUAAUGCUUUGGUCGGUCCACCUAAAGAAAAACAAAUAAGCAAGUUAGUUUUUUACGCGGCCCUUUUUGUACCUCCCAAAACUCCUUAAGCAAUUCUGAAAUGAUUGUUGUUACCUGCAUUAUUGGCACAUGCUUGUCUUAAUUUAAAUUUUUAAAGAAAUAUUUGUUAAUUGAGACAACUUUUAAGAUGUAUGCACAGGUCUACUCAUCGUGAACCAAACCAAAACAAACGAACAAAAGACUCUUUCUUACCCAAAUUUCGGCUCAGGUCAGAGAGCUCCCUACUAAGAGAAGGAGAGGGUAUUAGCUGGUCCUUACUGACAGGCUGCUCAGGGGCUAUUGUUGCACACGGAGUGAAGUGAGUGUUUAGGCAGGCAGAUCAUGAGCGAUGGCCCCAGAACCUUUGUAGUAGUAUCUCUUCUAACACAAUGUGAUUCUAUUACACAGUGACCUAAGAAGGGAAUAAAGUACAAGAAGCAUUUUGUAAGUCGAAGCAAAUUGAAAAUGAAGUUAACCAGAUAAUGGAACCAAAAGAUCAAGAAAUAUACCCACUAUUCAUUGUAACAAGAAACAGAAGAAACAAGAUUUCCAAUCCCCUCAGAUAAGCCAAAAUGUUCUUAAACCAAUGGCGGAAACUUUCUUCCUCACCGAACUCUUUCUAGGGUUUAUUUAAAGUAGCAAAGAAGCGUCCUCAUUUUUUAUUUCCCCUCUGAGUGGAUUGGCCUCCAAGAGGGCAGUCAGAAGAGAAAGAAACGUCCUGAAGUAAUGUUGAAAUUAUCGUUCAACAUCAUUCUUGGGAGCGUUGGGAUUAUUCCCCAAAAGGUUUGUCCAAAGAGAAGAAUCUCAUCUCACUGAAAAAUGCUUCUCACUUUAAGUUUUGGUUUUUUUUUUUUUUUUUUUUUUUUUUUACAUUUAAUGAAACUUUAAAGUUAGCUUUAACUUAAAUAGUAUUUGCCAUUUAGCUCAGACCUUUUUAGGAAACAGGCUUAAUGGUUGGUGAUUUUAAAUUCCCUCUUUCUUGCGGGAAGGACAGUGAAAAGCUAGAACUGGGUGUUCCAAGUUCAACAUGUUACUUUGUAAUAGGUGUUUAAUAGAUCUUUUCUGCUACCUUGCUGCUAUAGUUUUCUCUAAGAGCUACAUAAUUUAGUUUCAUAUACAAUUUCAUCGGUGUAGAACCUAAUUCAACUUAAAACUGUGUGCUUGGGAAAACUAUCUUACUAUCUCACCAUAGGCUGACAACAAUUUCUAUAGCCAAAAAUAGCUAAAUACCUCAAUCAGUCUCAGAAUGUCAUUCUGGUACUUUGCUGGCCACACAAGCCAUUAUUCACUAGUAUGACUAGUUGUGUCCUGCAGUUUAUAUUUAACUCUCCUCAUGUCUGUGGAUUUUUUUCCUUCAAAGUUUAAUAAAUUUAUUUUCUUGGA